UAAGCGUUGUGGCUUGGAUACGAUACCCUUGCUUUUGUCGGCAAGUUCUGGUUCUGUUGGAUACCCCCCGAUUAGACCUCGGUUGGUUACUGGGAGUUUUGUAUGGAUACAAGACGUGUGACGGACGGUUGGGAAGCAAGCGAUUGCGUCUGGGAGCGGCUACGUUCGGGUUUGUUCUGUGGCUAAUGAUUGAUGGAUCAAAAGAGCUGUAGAUGUGUGUUUUCUGAACACCAUGUCUAUCUGGUCUCACGCAGGAGUUGGAUGAUGGUGGAAAGAUGGCGGCGGUCUAUUUUCUUUGUUCAUUUACUUGCUUUGUUUCUCGUGUUAUUACUUACUGGUGACGAAGAUUAUGACUGGAAGGGGUGCAUUGGAUUAUUGGCGGGCGGGCGUUUCCUUUCUCUGACUAUAAGCUUUACUCCCCUUUUAUGUGCUUGGACUGAUUAUAAUGCUAUUGUUCAGGAGCUCUGUAUCAGGUCAAAUCAUGGCAGCGUUUAGUUAUUCGUUCCAUCACAUCUCCCCCAUUGAAGGUUAGAUUCCAUGUACAUGUCAUAGCGAAAGGCGCGGCUUUCUUUCAUGCCUUCAAGGGGGCCAGGAGUAUA